AUUCGAUGCCAAUUUUCCAGCAGCUCCACAGUUCGGUUGUGACCGUGUGGUGUGUGUGUGUAAUGCUUCACAACUUUCCUCAGCGGCCACCAAACUUACGAAAUUCUUGGCUACCAGCAGAAGAGCACAAGCUCAAGCAGCUGGGCCUGCUCUUAAGCCCCCUCUAGCCAUAUUCCCCCCACGCUUGGUCCCUGCCCGUGCCCUCACCCAACACACUGUCGCCGGCAGUUUUGCACAUAAAAACAGCAACGGCAACGACGAAAACGAAAAUUUAACGACUGCGCAACGUGACGCAUUAUUUGUCUGGCUUGGUCUGUACGGCCGGCCUGGCCUGGCCUCCGUCUGCAGCAAAAGCUAGCUGCCGCCAGAAAUUGCUUUUGCUCGCUGGAAUACAUAUAGCCAGCCAGGCCGCCUGGCCUGCCCUCCGCAACCACACUCUCUGCCACCUCACGGUCCCAGUCCCAUUCCCGGUCUCAGUCUCCCCAUCAACCUCUCUCUCUCCUCUCCCCUCUCCCCUCACCGCUCUACACUCUUCACUCCCUGCUGCUGCCGUUUUUAGUAUUUCGCACUCUGUGCACGGCGACGGCUGCAAACAUUUUUGCAUGACUGACUGAAAGCCGCCUGCGCCUGAGUCACUUACACAAGCACACACAAAUGCACAGGCCAGACGCUGACGCUGGCCGCACCGUGGAGUAAUGGUGCCGGAGUGUGAGGGGGAGGAAGGGAGUGAUGGUUGUAGAAGUGGAUGUGGAUGGCGUGGAGAAGGAGGAGGAGUAGAGUAACUGUUGGCUGGUCUUGGUCGUCGUCUCGGUCUCGGUCUCCGUCUGUCUCUGUCUCUGGUCUGGCGUGUUUAUAAUUUGAUUUCGCUGCUUCUCUCCUUCGUUUGCUUGCUUGCUCUCUGCCAGGCUUUUGCGAUGGAUGGCAAUGGAGAGCAGAGCAGCAUUUCCUGUCGCUCAGCUCGAAUUGGCUAGGCCUACGAAGGAAUCUUAAUGAAGUCAUUGUGUUGUGUCCUCACACAACGUGUGCUCCCAGUAUAUACUAUAGGCUCGCCGGGACCCGAUUGUAUUAUACCGGUAUCACUACAGUUCGCUUGAAAAUCGUCCAUUAACUGCCCUCACAGUAUUCUAUGCUAAGCGGCUGCCUAGAGGCAAAAAUAGUUGUCAACCCCAAAGCAGGGGAAAGACUUGUCGCCAAAACUACUAAAACCUUUGAGUGUUAGGAAAAUCUCUUAGGCAUCGUGAUAAUGCCUACCGCAAGUUUAAAUUCUCGUAAGCUGAAUUCCAGUCGGUAGUCUCAGCGGCAGGGUGGAAUACUUACUGGCAGCCCUUCUAAAAAGCAAACACUGCACCACCGUUGCAACUGCUGGAAAGUGUGUCCGAUAUCUACCAUAAAUAUUUCGUCACUAUGGGAGCUACAUAUGUACAUAGUAUGUACACAAAUGUGUAUAUAUGUACACAUGAAUUACGAACCAUAGGAACCCGUGGCAGCUUUAUGAUAUUGAUAUUGAUAUGUAUGUAGAUGCUAAAUCCGACCGACUCCGACAAAUGAUUCGCUUUGAUUCAAAAUUUCAUUGGGAUAGUUUAGUUUAAAGCUCAGAAAAUAAAUAUCAGAUCAUCUUUCAACUAAUCCUACAAUGUGCACAGUGCCAAGCUGAUUCUGUCUAAAAAAAGCUCAGAUCUAAAUUUUGAAAGCUUUUUAGCUCCAGUUUCGCUUUCGGCUCAUGAGAAGUGUGCGCGAGGCGGCCUAAGAUAAGCGACUAGCAGAUAAUUAAGUGCCAUGCUAAAAGACUAGGAGAGGGGAGAAGCUCAAAUGGAAACCGAAUGGGAACAUUUCUGACGAUUCUUUAGGACAGAGACAGGGACAGUGACAAUGACAAAGAGUUUUUAGCCGAAAGAUCGAUCGUUCCUACCCAAAAAGCCACGAGAGAAGCGUUGCUGCUGCUGUUGCCGUUGAUUGUGGUUGUGUGUGUGUGUUAUUGUAAUAAACAAGCAUUUACUAUACGCCGUUAGCCGAGAGACAAGUGAAACAAAGAAAGAAACAAACAAAAAGUGCAUUGAAAGAGAGAGUGGGAGACGGUGGACGGAGAACGCGCAAAGAUGGCGCCAAAAAAAUCAACAAUUGUGCUUAAUGUGGAACAAUUCAUUCACGACAUCGAGGAGCGGCCGGCCAUAUGGAAUCGCAAUUUUCACUGCAACAAGGCGUUCCUCGAGCAGAUGUGGGACGAGCUGAGCGGAGCGCACAAGCUGGCGAAGAUUGUGCUCAAGGCCAAGUGGAAGGGGCUGCGCGACAACUUCCGGGUGGAGUACAAGCGGAUACCGCGUGCCGACAACGGCGACUUCCUGGUAGAUCCCGCCACCUUCGAGUCCAAGUGGCUGCACUAUUACGCCCUGCUCUUCCUAACCGAUCACAUGCGUCAUCGCCUGCCCAAGAACGAGCAGGAUCAGUCCUUCUACUUCAACCAGCAGAGCGAGGACUGCGAGAAGACUGUGGUGGAGCCAGACCUAACAAACGGCCUGAUACGACGACUGCAGGACAGCGACGAGGACUACGACGAGGAUGAUAUGGAGGGCGUUGCGGACGGCGAGGACAGUGAGGGCACCCUAGAGGAUGCCAUGCCAACGCCUCCGGCCGCCCACCAGACAAACCAAGUGAGCACCACGCCGCUGGCCACGGGCGUCCUGAGGGCGCAGGAGGAGGCGCAUCAACAUGCCCUGCUCAAGGCAGGCCUGCUGCGCGCACAGUUGAUGGAGCUGGAGAGGGAGGCGGAGGACCUGAGCAAGAAGCCGACCCCGCCCCCAUCUCAGGCGCUGCUGGUGCAGACAAUAUUGGACCCACCGGCCGCCCACUGCUCCCCGCCGCCGAUGGUGACCACAACCUCGUCCCAAGUGGCCCAGUGCGGAUCAGACGCUGUACUGGCGCCGGCCACAACCACGUCCACGUCCGCCUCCUCGGUCUCCAGCAAUGUGGGGCCACUGGGCGCCAAGCGCUCGGUAUCCCCGCCGCCGCUGUACAACAAGGCCCACCAUCCGCUGGCGACAAUCGCUGCCGGGCAUCACACGGCCAAAGAGCGCAGCGACGACUUUGCGACUGCCACCGCCGGCGGGGCGAGUGGCGAACACCUCAGCUUCACCCAGCACUCCUAUGCCAAUGGGCUGAUACCUGCGUUAAAGUUGAAGCGACCACGGCUCUCCGAGGACAGCAACUUCAAUGGCUCCUCGACGAUGGAUGCGCCCCUGGUGCCAGAGGACGACGACUACCACUACUUGCUCAGCCUGCAUCCGUACAUGAAGCAGCUGACGGCGGCCCAGAAGCUGCGCAUACGCACCAAGAUACAAAAGCUCAUCUUCAAGGAGCUCUACAAGGAGGAUCUCGAGGAGUCAAAGUAGUGCUUCUCCUAGGCUCCUCCCUAGAUUCGCAUAACUCCCUCCCGCCAUAAGACUGUACAUACACACACACCCCCACCCCACACGCUCCCCCGUAGUGUAGCCGUAAGCAUUUAGUCUUAGACCGUACUUGUCCAUGCCAUGCUACUUGAUUGACUUCUAGUUGAGCGCCACUCUCCGGGCCCGUCCUGGGGAUGCGCCAUUUACGCCUAAGCUCGUAUACCUUGAAAAUAAACCGUGAACAUUAAAAACUGUAAACAUUACAAUGGCUCGAGAUCGUUUGCUA